CCGAGUCAAUCGAGGCACAACUUGGAGAUUUUUUCACAUUGUGGGGAUAUAAUGGAAGAAUACUCUAUGAGAACAUUAUUGAAGCCACUGAAGAUUUCAGCUCCAACAAUUGCAUUGGUUCAGGAGGCUAUGGUGCUGUUUAUAAAGCUGCGCUACCCAUUGGGGAGGUGGUUGCUGUGAAGAAACUUCACCAAUCUGAAGAUAGCAUGAUUUCCAACAACUUGAAAGCCUUUGAAAGCGAGAUUCAUGCUUUAUCAGAAAUAAGGCAUCGUAACAUUGUGAAGCUGUAUGGCUUUUGUUCACAUCCAAAUAACUCAUUUUUGGUUUAUGAGUUUGUAGAAAGGGGAAGUUUGAGAAUGGUGUUAAGCAACAAGGACGAGGCAAUGGAGUUGGAUUGGGAGAAGAGGCUAAAUGUUGUAAAAGGAGUGGCCAAUGCCUUGUCUUAUAUGCAUCAUGACCAUUCACCACCUAUAAUUCAUCGAGACAAUUCCAGCAACAAUGUUCUUCUGGAUUUGGACUAUGAGGCUCAUGUCUCAUAUUUCGGCACAACUAGGCUUUUAAAGCCUGACUCUUCUAAUUGGACCUCACUUGGCGGUACUUUUGGGUACAUAGCUCCAGAGUUGGCUUAUACAUCGAAAGUAGAUGAGAGAUGUGAUGUUUACAGUUUUGGAGUUCUAAUAAUGGAAAUAUUUAUGGGGAGGCAUCCUGUUGAUUUGAUUUCAUGUUUACCAUCGUCACAUCGCAUCGACAUCGACAUUGGUACCAAAUGA